ACAGCGUGGGGGCGGUGCUUGUUUGUUGUUUUGCUGAAGUGUUGACUUAAAAGAGACGACUGAGGACCUGCUUUACGUCUAUUUCGAAUCGCAAUUUAAACAAUACUGAACGAUAGCAUAUUCUCAGACCUAACCUCGAGUGACUCUUGUAAUCAUCUGUACCGAUCCGAGAGAGCCCGAAAACGGCAACCAUGAAAUGGAUGUUCAAAGAGGAUCAUUCUCUGGAACAUCGAUGCAUAGAAUCUGCCAAAAUCCGCAACAAGUACCCUGACAGGGUCCCAGUGAUUGUGGAGAAAGUGUCUGGGUCCCAGAUAGUGGACAUUGACAAGAGGAAGUACCUGGUCCCCUCUGACAUCACAGUGGCUCAGUUCAUGUGGAUCAUCAGGAAACGCAUCCAGCUGCCCUCUGAGAAGGCCAUCUUCCUGUUUGUGGACAAGACAGUCCCCCAGUCCAGCAUCACAAUGGGACAGCUGUAUGAAAAGGAGAAAGACGAAGAUGGCUUUUUAUAUGUGGCUUACAGUGGCGAAAACACCUUCGGCUUGUAAAAGAAGCAGCCAUGAUAGUGAGCCGACCUUACCUGCUGACAUCUAAUCAUAGCCCUCGCUUGGCCUCUGGAGAAAGGCUUGGGAACCCCAUUGAAAACACCACA